AUGUACAACAUUUUGGAUCAUAUCCCCGCUGCUGCUCAAUGCAUUUUGUACACAUUCGACCGCAUAUGGGACCCUGAUAAGAAAGUUGAAAAACUCAAGAAGGAAGUUGACAAACUGAAGAAUGCAAGGAACCAAGUGCAGAAAUCUGUUGAUGUGGCUAUAAAGAAUGAGCAAGAGAUUCUAGAGGGUGUCCAUAGAUGGUUUAUUGAAGUCGAUAAGAAGCUUACUGAAGAGGAAGUGAAAAUAACCAAGGCUGAAGAAACAGCAAGGAAGAGAUGUUUCCUGGAGUCGUUUCCGAAUUUCAUGUCUCGUUACCAUCUCAGGAAGGAAGUGGAUAAGGAGGCCAAGGUCAUUGAUCAACUCUUGAAAGAUGGCGAAUUUGACGGAGUGGCCCAUAUACCUGCUUCAGAUAUCAGCUUCAAGUCAAGAGAGCAUGCUUUGGCUGAGAUUAUAAACGCAUUGAAGGAUGCAAAUGUAAACAUGAUAGGCGUUUACGGGCUUGCUGGUGUGGGCAAGACCACCCUAGUCAAAGAAGUUGCUAGACAAGCCAAAGAGAGCAAGUUAUUUGAUGCCCUGGCCAUGGUAGAUGUAACCAAGGCUUCGGACACAGAAAAUAUUCAAGAAGAGUUGGCAGACCAGAUUGAUUUGGUGUUUACUGACAACAUAAAUAUUACACGUCUGAGAGCGGAUCGGAUACGUCAGAAAUUAAAGUCCACGAAGACUCUUGUGAUUUUAGAUGACAUAAGGAGCAGACUAAAUCUGAAAGCAAUUGGUAUUCCCUUCGGACAUUAA